AUGGGCAGCAACAGAUCCUACUCUCAUUUCUGGGACCUCACUCUACGUAAAUUCUUCCCCAAACGCGAAUCUCUUUCUGGAACGACAACAGGCUCUCGCUCUCAGUCGAGCUGGGGUGGCCCUGGAUCCUCCCCUACUGACGAACACACUGAUGGAUUUUAUAAGUACUCACAAGAGGUUCUCGAACAAGAGAAGCACGAUGGGUUUCGGUUGCGGUCAUCGGACAGUACAGCAGGCUCAUACGCGUCUGCACUCAUGGGCCCGAGUGAUCGUCCUCCGCUUCCCUACACAGUGAGCGCGCCAGAUUGGAAUAUCUUCUCCCCGUACGUCAAAUAUCUGGAUGAACUCGAGAAUGACAGCGUUUGCGACUGGCUUGGUAGCGUCCUAUCUGUAUGGACUGGUGUAUACGCAGUCUCAAAGGUCGUCGUGAUGGCUUUCAUGCAUUAUGGGGUUGAGUUGGAAGACACCCCCGACGGCAUCUUGGCUCACACGAAACGCGCCGAAGAACUGGUAGUCUCUAAUUCAAUCAUAGACCUGAUCGAUAACACAGAAAGCUUAUACUAUGCUGUAUAUGCAAGACUCAUCAUGGAGAUUGCCGCCGCCGACCUAUGUGCUUCAUUUACUUUAGAAGUUCGUCGACUGGCCACCAACAGCACUUUCAUCCUUCCCGAACCCAGACAGCUAUGCAAAAUCCUCUUCAAUUGCAAACAGGCUCUGGAUGGAUCUACUAUUUGCGUCAACCUCAACAAGGAACUCGUCCGGCAACAUCAGUUGGACUUUAUUCGUCGCGCAUCUGACAAAAUUCAGGACGCGGGUUUCGUUCUGGACGAUCUCAUAGGGUACCGCCAACAUGCUAUCAAAAUUGUCAGCGACAAGUCAUCCAACUUUCGCCAGAAAUGGGGUAAAGCAUCCGUGCUGUACGAGAUGCCGCCGGAGAAUGUCUUAGCUCUCCAGUCUGAGAAAUAUCUUUCUCUGAGCCCCAAGCCGGCGGUGCAGCAGGUAGUUCCCUUGUUGAGACUUCCUUUUAUCGAACCAGAUACUAUCCCUACGUCUAUCCGAGAACGCGACAUUAUUAUGGACAAUCGCCAGGCCACUCUGGCGAAGUUGGAAGGCAAAUGUGUCGGAGAAGCGCGUCGUACGGAGGGCCGGCGCCGCCUGAUCGAUCUCGUCCGCGAGAGGAAGUGCAUAUGCCGUUCUGUAUGCAUUUGUGCUCAUGACUGCACCCAAGACGUGGAGCGUCAUUGCCCCUGUUCUGAGCGAUUGCUGAGUCUGAUGGUCGCAAAACGCCGAAACAGCGUUGGUCCUCUCCCUUUUGGUCCCCGAUGUAGUGCCCUUGCGAAAGCGAUAUUCCAUGGAAUCGCAUCUGUCCGGCCCGAUGCUGAUGACAUAGAGCUUACAGCGGAGAUUGAUCGCGCAACCAUGAUCUUCAUAGAAGAGGUUCGGAAGCAGCGGUCCGCCAACAUCUUCUCACACGGCGCUGGAAUCUGA